GUGAGCUGGAGCCGGGGCUUCUCUGGAGACUCAGCCACAGGGACCUGCAGCAGCAGAAGAGAGGGAGGGGAGCGAAGCUCAUCACCGUUAAGUUCAGACUUGUAUCCUGACAGCUUCAACCUGUCCUGCCAGCAAGACUCAUCAAUAUUAACACUCUCUUACCUUGAAAAAAGAAAAAAAAGAAGGAAACAAAGAAAAAUACCACUGUCUGAAUAAAAGAAAAAAGGGUUUUUUUAAGUAGUAAUAAAAGCCACAGCAAGUGUAAAGUUGAUUCUGGUCCUUGAUCAAUAUGAACCAGAUAGAAACAAGUAUGCAGUACAGCUAUGAUUAUGAAGAUGAUGAGUAUAUGAUCCAAGAGGACGAAUGGGAUAGGGACUUGCUCCUGGACCCGGCAUGGGAGAAACAGCAAAGGAAGACCUUUACAGCUUGGUGCAAUUCCCACCUAAGGAAAGCAGGCACACAAAUUGAGAACAUUGAAGAGGACUUCAGGAACGGCCUUAAACUGAUGCUCCUCUUGGAAGUCAUUUCAGGGGAAAGGCUACCAAAACCAGACAGAGGAAAAAUGCGCUUCCAUAAAAUUGCUAACGUCAACAAAGCUUUGGAUUUUAUUGCCAGCAAAGGAGUGAAGCUUGUGUCAAUCGGCGCAGAAGAAAUUGUUGAUGGCAAUGUGAAAAUGACUCUCGGUAUGAUAUGGACCAUCAUCCUUCGCUUUGCUAUUCAGGACAUUUCAGUUGAAGAAACUUCUGCCAAAGAAGGUCUGCUGCUGUGGUGUCAAAGGAAAACUGCUCCUUACAGAAAUGUGAACAUUCAGAACUUCCACCUUAGCUGGAAAGAUGGCCUUGCACUCUGUGCGCUUAUCCACAGACACCGACCUGAUCUUAUUGACUACUCCAAACUAAAUAAGGAUGAUCCUAUAAAAAAUAUUAACCUUGCAAUGGAAAUUGCAGAAAAACAUCUGGAUAUCCCCAAGAUGCUUGAUGCAGAAGAUAUUGUGAACACUCCCAAACCUGAUGAAAGAGCUAUCAUGACUUAUGUUUCCUGCUUCUACCAUGCUUUUGCUGGAGCAGAGCAGGCUGAGACCGCUGCUAACAGGAUAUGUAAAGUGCUUGCUGUGAAUCAAGAAAAUGAAAAGUUGAUGGAAGAAUACGAAAGGCUAGCAAGUGAGCUUUUAGAAUGGAUUCGUCGCACCAUCCCUUGGCUGGAGGACAAGACACCUGAGAAAACAAUGCAGGCCAUGCAGAAGAAGCUAGAGGACUUCCGAGACUACCGCCGCAAGCACAAGCCUCCCAAAGUCCAGGAGAAAUGUCAGCUGGAGAUAAAUUUCAACACCUUGCAGACAAAACUGAGGAUCAGCAAUAGACCAGCUUUCAUGCCAUCAGAGGGGAAAAUGGUUUCAGAUAUUGCUAGCGCUUGGCAAAGACUUGAACAAGCUGAGAAGGGCUAUGAGGAAUGGUUACUGAAUGAAAUACGAAGACUGGAACGUCUUGAACACCUGGCUGAGAAAUUUAGACAGAAGGCUUCUACUCAUGAAAACUGGGCAUAUGGCAAAGAGCAGAUCUUGCUCCUGAAGGAUUAUGAAUCUGCUUCUCUGACCGAAGUCCGCGCCAUGCUGAGGAAACAUGAAGCUUUUGAGAGUGACUUGGCUGCUCACCAGGACAGGGUAGAACAGAUCGCAGCCAUUGCCCAGGAGCUGAACGAACUGGACUAUUACGAUGCUGCAAGUGUCAAUGACCGAUGCCAGAAGAUAUGUGAUCAAUGGGACAAACUGGGAACACUUACUCAGAAAAGGAGAGAGGCACUGGAGAGGACAGAGAAACUGCUGGAAACAAUUGAUCAACUUCACCUGGAGUUUGCCAAGAGAGCUGCUCCAUUCAACAACUGGAUGGAAGGUGCAAUGGAAGACCUUCAAGACAUGUUUAUUGUUCACAGCAUAGAGGAAAUUCAGAGUUUAAUCACUGCCCAUGAACAGUUUAAAGCCACUUUGCCAGAGGCAGAUGGUGAGAGACAGGCUAUCCUGUCAAUCCAGAACGAAGUUGAGAAGGUUAUUCAGAGUUACAACAUUCGAAUAAGUGCAAGCAAUCCUUAUAGCACUGUCACCAUGGAAGAAAUCCGUGCCAAGUGGGAUAAGGUGAAACAACUUGUGCCUGUGAGGGAUCAAUCUUUGCAGGAAGAGCUGGCCCGCCAGCAUGCUAAUGAACGGCUGCGUCGCCAAUUUGCUGCUCAGGCUAAUGUUGUUGGGCCAUGGAUCCAGACCAAGAUGGAGGAAAUUGCCCGUAGUUCUAUUGAAUUGACAGGACCCUUGGAGGACCAGAUGAAUCAACUGAAGCAGCAUGAACACAAUAUCAUCAACUACAAAAUCAAUAUUGACAAACUGGAAGGAGACCAUCAGCUUAUACAAGAAGCCCUGGUGUUUGAUAACAAGCACACCAGUUAUACUAUGGAGCAUAUCCGUGUUGGAUGGGAACUCUUACUGACCACCAUUGCCCGAACUAUCAAUGAGAUUGAGACGCAGAUCCUUACAAGAGACGCCAAGGGUAUCACCCAAGUGCAAAUGAAUGAAUUCAGAGCAUCAUUCAAUCAUUUUGAUAGGAAGAAGAAUGGGCUGAUGGACCAUGAUGAUUUCAGAGCUUGCUUAAUUUCAAUGGGUUAUGAUUUGGUAUGAAUUUUAAAAUACAAAUAAA